UUUGGAAACAUUUGUGAUGGAAGGACGGGCGAUCGUAUUGUAUUGCUUGCUAUGAAUUAUUUUCCGUUACGUGUCCGGUGCCCGUAGCUUUACGCUACCAUUAUUUAUGUGUUAUAAAGUUUACAAACUUUAGUGUAGAAAUAUUUUGAAGUUCGUCAUGGUUUAAGUGCAAAUUUACAAAGCUUAGUGAAGUGAUAGUGAUAACAAUAUUGUCAAGCUCAGCUGGUCGUGACGAGCGGUAAAAAUCUCCCCAGUUUUUCUUUAGGUUACGGAUAACACUUUUUGUGCUCCAUUUCCUCAAGUAAUAUAAUGGGUUCUUAGUAAAAAAGAAACAGUAUUAAAAGUGCUUAAUAAGUGAACGAAAAAAUGAGUGAAGUUCAAGAAUAUACGCCUGCGAUUGCCGCGCCGCAGACACCAGCUCCGGCCUCAUCAGCAUCAUCCGAAAACCUGUCCACAACCAGCACAGCAACCGCCUCCAGACCUGACUCAACAAGGCCUUCAUCUCUGCCCAAACCAUCAGGCCUCAAGCCACCAACUAAGAUUGGGAGGCUAUGCUCCAAUAGUGCCCCAAAGCCUGCAGUCCCCAUUUCUCCACGGACUGACGGCAGUUCUUCGGAGCUGAGGAAACUGAGCGACGACUCGUCUAGAAAACAUUUGUCAGACCUUAUAGAAGCCGAAGAGGACGAAGUAAGCAGCAGUCUGCCGGACAGACCGCGAACGCAUCGCAAAGCUUCUACUAGCAGCACGUACAGCAUCACCUCGAUGGACGCACUUUGGGAGAAGCACCCGCGCCGCCUUAGCGAAGCUGGCCUUAGGAGGUCCUCAGAUCAUAGUGUCAUCCUAACAGAAGAUACUGACAGUUUUAUUAUUGGAGAACGCGUUUGGGUGGGUGGCACCAAGCCCGGUCAGAUCGCCUACAUAGGAGAAACACAGUUUGCUCCAGGUGACUGGGCAGGCAUCGUGCUUGACGAACCAAUUGGUAAAAAUGAUGGGUCGGUAGCUGGAAUUCGUUACUUCCAAUGCGCAGAGAAGCGUGGAGUGUUUUCACGCUUGACACGUCUCACACGAGUGCCGCUCAUAACUCACGCGCCGCACGAUGCUUCACCUUCUUCUGAUGCGGGAAGUGUCUUUGAACGUCCGCCCUCUGGGGCCGCCAGACCCAGGCGCACGUUAUCGCCCAACGGAAGUAUUCGUAGCAUGGUCAGCAGUAAGAUGAAUGCGUCAAUUUCGACAACGAACAAUGGCGAAUUACGACUGGGUGACCGUGUUAUAGUAUCAAGCAGCCGUGGCAGUAAAGCGGGCACACUUCGAUACGUCGGGGUCACUGAAUUUGCUCCUGGUGUAUGGGGUGGUGUUGAGCUUGAUGAUCCACUGGGAAAAAACGAUGGAUCAGUAGACGGCAAGAGAUAUUUUGAGUGUGCUCCUCGCUUCGGGCUGUUUGCACCGAUAGCAAAGAUUUCCCGGUCACCUUCUAACCGCAAGCCUGGAGCUUGUGCAAUCCACAGCAAUGGUCGGGCGACACCAAUGCGACGCUCGAACUCCCGGGAAUCCUUGACGUCUUUGGGAACUUCGAUCGCGUCGUCCCGCGUGGGGGUGAGGCUAGGGGUGACGUCGCUGGGCGCUCAGCGAGUCGGUGGUCCGCGAGCCUCCUCCACCCCGGUGUCGGCGAAGAACGCCCUUCAGGAGCUACUGCGGGAGAAGCAGCAACAUCUAGAGCGGCUGAUGCGCGAGCGAGAGCUGGAACGGGCAGAGGUCGCGAAGGUGUCGCUGCAAGCGGAGCGGGCGGAGAGUGCGCUUGCGCAGUUGAGGAAGGAGGCCACACAGGCGAGCACCGAGAAUGGCAAGCUCAAGCUGGAGCUGGACGCGAUCAGCAAGCUGCUGGAGGACGAGCGGCAGAGGGUCGAGGACCUCAUGUUCAGGAACGAGGAGGAGAACAUUAAUAAGGAGGAUUACAAUAAAUACAAGGAUGCGAUGGAACAAGAGAAAACAACGCACCUCCACCGAAUCCGCGAGUUGGAAGCGGAGGCGGCGCUGCAAGCGGCACGCGCGGUUUCGACCGCUGCAGCGCUUCAAGCGCUCGAGGACCAGCGCAGCGCUGAGGCUGCUGUAGUCGCUGACCAGCACAGAGAAGAGCUCACCGCAGCUCAGACAUUAUCUUCAGAACUACAAAAACUUUUAGAUGAAGCGUACGCUUUACUCAAAGAAAAAGAAAACGAAAAGGAUUCUCUAGGAAAGAGUAUGUCUGAGGAAUUGACAAAAUUAAAGACCGAUUCUGAAAAAGCUUUAAAUGAAGCCAAAUCCAAGAUGGCGGUAGCUCAAACCGAGUUUGAUACACAAAUAUCUGUAUUGACUGCUAAUCUGCAAUUGGCUGAAUCAAAAUUGGAAGCCGAGAAACAAAAUGUGGAAAGAUUAAAUAAAGAAAAAAGCCAAACCAUUACAGACCUAAACAGUAAAUUGACCCAACUACAAGCUGCCGUUGAUGAUAAAUCACUAGAAUUAAAUAGGGUUCUAGGUGCCAGCAAGGAACAUGAAGUUAAUCUCAACAAAGAAAUAACAAAGUUAAAAAUGGAACUUAGUGCCAAAAUUUUAGAUUUGGAGCAGUUAGAAAACACAAAAAAGAAACAAGAAGCGGCUUGUAAAUCUUUGCAAGAAGAAAUUGCUCGCUUCAAGGACGAAUAUUCGAAUAAAAUAAACGAAUAUGAGGGUAUAAUAAAUGAAGUGUCUCAACAAAAUGACAAAAAUAAAAUAGAGAUAGUAGAACUUCAGCAAAGUCUGUCCGCAAAAACGAAAGACUACGAAAGAUUGCUUGCUGAAAGUGGCGAUACAAAUUCGGCGACAGAUAAACUUAUAACUGAAUAUAAACAAACAAUUCAUGAAAGAGACAAGGAAAUAAUAAAACUGAAAGACAACUUUGAACAAACAACGGCAAACUUUAAUAUCAAACAUAGUAAAAUUGCCGAAGAGCACAAAAAGGAAAUAGACAAUCGUAAUAUAAAAAUUGAACAGUUAACUAAAGAAAUUGAAAGUCAUAAGCAAGCAUUAGAUCAAAGUAAAAUCGAGUUUGAUACGCUAAAUUCAAGAUUCAUAAUCAAUGAAGAUGAAUUGAAGGCCCUGAAAGAGGAAAAUGAAAAAUUGAAACAAUCUGUAGUUGACUUAAGUAAUGCAAACAAUGACCUUAAAACUAAAUUAUCAGCCAUGGAACUUGAAUUAGGCGAACAGAAACGUCAACUUCAAAGUACGCUUGAUAAAUGUGACGAAUUACAAAAGGCCAAGGAAAAGGUUGAAACAGAAUAUUUGAAUCUUACGGGACAAGCAACAAAUUCUAACGAACAGUUCCAUAAACUAUCGCAACAUCUUAAGGAAAGUGAAAAAGAAAUUCAAGAUCUUAAAGAUAAAUAUCGAGAUGCAUCCAAUAACCAUGGCAGAAUAGAACAAGAAAUCAAGCAAAAGUUGUUUAAAUUACAAGAAGAUUUCUCUUUGGAACGAGGUCAGUUAGUCGAGUCUGUUAAUAGUAAUCUGGAAAAACUAAAAGUGGCUGAGAAUCUAAGGAAAGAAUUAGAAGCUAAAAUACUUGAAUCUAAUAACAAAUUAAGGGAGCUAGAAACAACUAAUGACAAACUAUUAGAUGAAAAUACAAUACUCAAAACUGAAAUCGAGUCGCUUAAAAUAAAAGAACAAGAACUAAAUACUGAAUUUGAAUCCAUUAGAAAGAAAUUAGAAGUCGACAUCGACAAGUAUAAAGAAGAGAUAUCAAUUUUAAAGUCGGAAGGUGAAAGUUCAGAAGUAAAGUUAAUGGAAAAGGUAGACCAACUGACAGAAGCACAGAAUGAUCUCAAUAACAAAUUAGAAGAGGCCAGAAAACACGAAGACUCCCUACAAAAAAUAUUGGAUGAUAUGACAUCCCAACUAAACGUCCAAAAGAGCCAAUAUGAACAAGAAAUUGCUCAAGUUCAAAUGCAACUGUCUUCAGUUAGUGAAGAAUCAAAUAACCAUAAAGCGGAAGAAGUUAGACUGAAACAUUUGUUAGAGGAAAAACAUAAUAGUAUUAAGGAAUUGACCCUUAAAUUGGAAAUGCUGGAAGUUGACCUCAAAUCUAACAUUGAAAUAGUUGCUGAAAAAGAUCGCCAAAUAGCACAAGUUAAUGAUAAGCUAAAUAAAACAACUGAAAGCAAAAACGGAUUGGAAGAACAAUUAAAUAAUGCCUUAUUAGAAUCGUCUAACUUGAAACAAAAAUGUGAAAGCCUUGUAGCGAAUUCUUCGGCAGAAGAAUCCGUACUAAGGGAACAAUUGAGUCAAUUUGAAUCCGUGAAAAAGGAACUGGCUGGGUUGAGUCAGGAUAAAACAUUAUUGGAGUCAAAAUAUAAUGACAUUUUCGACGAACUAAAUAAAUUAAAAAUAACGCACGAAGAAACAAUUAAACAAUUAAAAGAAAACAUUGAUUGCGAAAAUGAAAUAAGAAAAUCUCUUGAAGAAAAGGAAAAGAUACUGAAAUCUCAAACUGAACGAGUAGUGAUAGAUGAAGGCAAAAUAAAAAUAUUGGAAGAAGAAGCAACGAAACUAAAACAGGAAUUGGCAGCUAAAAUGGCACUAAUAGAAGAUAAGGAUUCAAAAUUGUCGACUCUUAAGGCCACGAUACAAUCCGGAACGGACGAAACUCAAAAGAUAAUAAAACAACUUCAAGAUGAAAAUGCCCAGCUAAAUGAAAAAUAUAAAUCUGAUAUUGACUCCCUGAAUAAAGCUAUGAAGUCAUUACAAUGCCAAAUAACAGAACAAGAAAAGCAACUUGUAGAAUUAAGUCAAGCGAGAGAAAAAAUUGCCGAACUUCAACAGCAAGUGACAAAAACUGAACAAGACAUCAAGCAACUCACAAGCAUAAACGAUGGUCAAAAAUCUAACUAUGAAGAUCUGAACAGGCAGCUUCAAGUACAAUACGACGAGUAUAAAAAGGAAAGUAAACGCUCUAAGCACGAUCUUAAAAUUAAACUAACUGAAUAUGAGAAAGAAUUGCAACAAUCUAAAGAAAAUGUUAAAACUGAAAAAGAACAUCAAAAUAAGCUUCAACAAAAACUAUCCGAAGCUGAAAACAAAGUGGUAGAACUGACCCAGAAAUUAGAACUAAUAAACGUGCAACAAAGUACGGAUGCCGAAAAAGAUGCCAAAUUAGAAAAGUUAACUUUAGAGUUACAUGAAGCUAGGAAGUUUAAUUCUGAAGCAUUAGAAAUUAGUGAAACUGCCAUCAAAAACCUGAAAACUGAUAUUGAAAACAAAACGAAGGAUUUAAAGCAGAAAAACGAUUUGAUUACCAAGUUACAGGAUGAAGUGAAGUCUCAGAAAGCCAAAGUAGAAAUAGCUGAAAGAGAAAAGGUCCUGCUACAGAAAGACUUAGCAACCAAAGUCAAUGUACGAGACAAGAAUGAUAACAACGCAAUGGGCGUAUUGGGCCAAGGCGACAACGCUUCACAAAAGAUAGAAGACAAAGAGAUGUUGGACGGACAAGUUAGCUUCCUGAACUCUGUGAUCGUGGACAUGCAACGCAAGAACGAGCAGCUCACGGCGCGCGUGCUGGCGCUCGAGGGCGGAGCGCCGGCGCCCGACCCGCCGCUCUUCAACGGACGCAAGUCUCGUCCGGCGCCGCGGCUGUUCUGCGACAUCUGCGACGUGUUCGAUGCGCACGACACGGAGGACUGCCCGCGCCAGGCCGCGGAGCCCGCGCCGGAGCCCGCGCCGGAGCACAAGAAGCCUCCGCCCCGCCCCUAUUGCGACAUUUGUGAAGUGUUCGGACAUGCCACUGAGAACUGUGAUGAAGAGGAAACAUUUUAGACUAAUAUUUAUUGAACAUUAGAAAUAAUGUUACCGUUGUUGUUGUUACUCGUUUUAUUUGGGUAUUAUUUAUUAUUAUUUACCAUCUACAUGGUAAGAAUUGUUUAUUAGUUAAAUUAGGAUAUUGUCUUUGUAAAUAAGAAAUUUGAUCUUUUUAGAUGAUAAUAUGUUGAUAUUGCAUGAUAUUUUACUAUUACGGGUGAAUGGCAUGUUGUAAUUAUUUUUCAUUUGCAUUAUCUGGAUAUAAUGCAUCUUGAGAAUUCAAUUUUAAGCACAAAUCAUUCAAUUUCCAUCACAAUCGAGUUUUAACAUCUACAUCAUAUAUAUUAAAAUAAAAUAAAAUUAUGGCGAUAAAAAUAAACACCAAAUUAUAAACUUUUUAUAAACAAUAAAUUUGAGAAAAUUUUA